UUAGGGAAAGAUCAACUCCAAAUUGGUCAAAGGAAACAUGGAUAACAGGAAUGUUGAUUGAUGGAAAUAACAAGGAAAUGAUGUUUGCAUCUCUUGUCACAUAUAUUUGCCGUUGAAAGUACAAGUUGUUGCUAGAGAGGAGAAUCUGGCAUUUAAAGGCCGUAGACCUCACCUAGUACGAACGAUCGAUGCUACAUCCCUUCCAUGAGGCAUCCGCGACCCAACAUCAGCUUUGCAGACUUUUCGGAGUCGGCGCGAUGGCGUGAUCCCCUUGAAGCGCCCUCGUCGGGUGGGCCCUCCUUCAUCAAGCACCAUCAGAAUCUCGCGAAGCUUCGUUCCAGCAACUCGUCACGUCGGUCAGUAAUUUUCGCGGGGAGGUGCGAGCUCGGUUCAUCAGUUUGACGUGCAUCUCUUAACAAUUCGCCGCGGCGGUCGCUGGUCACCGGUACCUUCAACGCGAUCGAUCAUCAAGGGAGAAGAUGAAUAAAUUGUGCCGUCAACUCUCAAUCGAGAGUCCAAGUGUGACCGGCCGGGAUUGCGUCUUCAGCUUCGAUGUACCCGUGCCGGAUGUGCCGGCGCACGGUGCCCGCAUCAGGGUAAUGUGCGCCGGUGCUUGUUAUCAUCCCCGACGGUCGCCGAGUCUGACUAGCUUGACCUCGGUCUCGAGCGGCAGCAGUAGCCUGGCCGCCGACAUGUCCGUGGAGAGCGAAUACCCGGUGUCCCUGCCGCAUCAUGGGGUGCGCGACGCCGCUCUGUUCCCCGGCUAUGAAGUGGCUGGCGUGAUCGAGUCGUUCGGCACCGAGGUGCCCGAGGACCGCGAGCUCGCCGUGGGCGACCGCGUUAUUCUUUAUCCUUACGACGGCAUUCCCAACGGCUACGUCGAAUACCUGGUGGUGCACGAUCUCAAGUACCUGAUCAAGCUCCCGGACAGUAUGUCACUCAGCGUGGGGGCUAUGCUACCAGCCGGCGCACUUCUCGCCAUGAACACCGUCUUUGCUGCGCACGAGCACGUGCAGGCUUUAUUGAAGGAGAGAGGCGAAGAUAGCGUAUGCAAGAUUCUGGUCGUUGGCACUGGUGGCCUCGCUUUGUGGGCCCUCAGAAUUGCGUCAUAUCACUUCAGUAACAUGAGGGACAAAGUCACUACUACCAUAGCCACGCUUAAGGACGACGGUCUUCUCAUAGCUCAGGAAUACCAACGCAACAGUCGGCACGUCCGUUACAGGGUGAAUGUGGUGCAGUGGAACGAAGACCUUUACGAGAAACAGCUGAUUGAACGCACAAUGGAUGCAUGCGGUGGGCAGGUGGACGUGGUAAUCGACUUCGGCACGACCUCGCGCAACCUCCAUCGCAGUAUGCAGUGCCUAAACAAGAGCGGCGUAGUGUUCGUAAUAAAAGAGGUUGCUGACCGGCUGCUGCCAAAGUUCAGCCGACGAGCGGAAGAACGGCAGCAAUCCAUCAGACCGGUAGAACCGGGCACGCUGGAGCAACUACGGGAGCUGGUGCAGCUGGUUGCCUCCGGCGACAUCGAGCCGCCUCCACACACCGUGUAUCCCGCUGAGGAGGCUAUGGACGUCGUCCAGAAGCUCUGCCACUCAGAAAUACAAGGCCGCGCAAUUCUUCGCUUCUACCCUGCGGACUAGAGGCCUUCCCACUGACAGAAUUCUCCGCGAUCGCGGAUCAGGCGACAGAUUCGACGACAACAACCGAAAAAGUCAGGACCCGGCCCGGGCGAUGAGAAUUGUACGUUACUAAGGGUGUGCGUUUCGAAAUUGCGAAACUCAGAAAGACUAUCGAAUGCCGAAGUAGUUGUUAAUCCAUACUGAGGGCCGGAGUUUAUAUAAGGCAUUGACGUGCGUACGUCCUAUAGGGCGAAAAGAUAGCUUGCAUGUGAAGGGACGUUUGACGAACGUAAAGAUGGUUUUCGUGGAGUAAAGUGACACUUUAACUCGGAGAAAGAUUUGACCCACCGGAGAUCUGACAAAACCCAUAAAACUGGUCGAUAUACGCAUUAUUACGAAUGACAAGAAUAUUGACAGAAGAACGGAACGACGGAACGGGUUCCGAUUAGCUGGAACAUGUAGACGGACAUGAAUCAUUAACUCAACAAAAUCUUGUAAAACCAGCAACACGAAAUACCGCGCGAACGCAAUUUAACUUGAUUUCUAGUAUUUCAUUGAUUAACCGCUCUUUUCAAGGUUGAGAAACGUGUCAUCUUUGAAGGAAAAUUCUCAUCGUACAAUAAACAAAAUCUUUCCUGCAAAAAAUUUUCUUUUGACAAUUUGCUGACGAAACAGGGCAAAGUUUUCGCUUAUCAUUUGAUGGAUACAUCACUUUGAGUCUUUUAAAAAGACAACGAGCAAUUAAAUCUCGCAAAUAGACAACCAUACGGUGAGAUAAAUUGAGAAGCAAGAUAACAACUUUAGAUAACACGACAAAAAUGACAUAAAGUCGCCACGCCGACGGUGCGUUAUCGUCGAAGAAGCGACGCUCUCUACUUCCUUUUAAUGGAUGUCUAAUAUUUGUUAUUGUCUUGGCACAAAAUAAAGUCCAAGAUAACGUUAAGAUUUAAGCAUACUUAUGCUGAACAUACUAAAAAAAUUAUGAACAGUUAAUGGUAUGCUGCUUUUGUAAUUGAGAAUGGAACUUUUGAAUGGAGAACACGCGGAGAUAAAAGCAAUAUACAAUUGCGCGACCCUUCGAUACGCGUGAAGCUUUAGCGCUAUCAAAACGCGUACGAUAAUAAGAUAAUCUCGACUUCCAUCGAUGUGUAUUGAUACUUUCACUAAAAAUUAAUGAAUGUCGGCAACUGCAAAAUAGUCAUAUUAACUGUAAAUGGUCUUUAAUAUUUUAAUAGCUAAUUGGUAUUUCAAAUCACUGAUACCUAGAAACAGCAAAAUGGCUUCAAUCGAAUAUUAACUAUCCUACUUAAUUAUAUUGCAGCCACAUUACAGCUAAUAAUGGCUAUUUAAAGUUGCUGAUGUUUGUAGAAAUGCUAACGGCACGAAAGGGAUUAAAGUUAAUAUUUUUGCUGGAAACAGAUGAAGAAAAAUGUUAAAGGUUUUUUCUAUGUUAUUUCAUUGAUAUCGCUGUUACGUGUUCGAGCAGAAGGUUCGGAAAGAAGUCUAGUAUUCAAAUGUUCGGUAUGUAAUUUCAAACUACUUUGUUCAAUUACAUCAAAUGUAAGAUACUGUUAAACAGCCGUGUUUAAUGUACAUAAACAUAACGAGAAUAUAGGUUGGUUUGCUACAACAAAUUUGAUAUGAAUAGAAAGAUUUUAGGGUCUGGAUAUAUUUAUACUAAUUUUGUGAUGAGAUGAAUUGCGUUUAUGUUGAACACACAUUUAUUUUAAGCGGUAUUCUUUAUCAUUAAUGAGAAAUCUUUCGACAAUAGUGGCCACAAAUUGAUGUCUCUUGUAAUUAUCUAAAAUAUAUAGAGUCACUAAUGUGUGUGUAACUGUUCCUCGAUAAUUAGAGGACAGAAGAUACUCCUGACGCAGUACAAAAGAUACCACUGCGGAACCCAAAACAAGUCCGAUAUUUAUGAGCACACUGCAAUGGAUAUUGCAGCGCAGGAUCAAACAUGUAUAUUUAAUGUCAAUUCAGGAAUAAUAAUCGACCGGAUGCGCCAGAAUACGAGCGCCUAGGAUAAGUUUCCCGUUAAAAUAAGAGCGUAGUAAAUAUCUGUCCUGUCAUAAAGUGGAGAUGCUAUAGCGAGGUAAAUCAAGCGAUAUAAACCUCGGUGAAUAACGCAGCCAAAAAGCUAGAAUUGACAAGAUGCAAAGUUACUUAUUUACAAGCGAAUAUUGAAAAGAAUUAUCGCUUCGUAAAUGGGCGCAAGUUGUAUUUCGUAUAAUUAAAAAAUGAUUAAAACGAAUUCCUCCGUAACGCAUAUCUAGGAUGAUUGUUUAAGUGUUAGAUGUGAAAAGUAGAAUAUUCCUCCUGGAAAUUUUUUUACUAAAAGUGCUAUAAAAUUGAUAAAAAGUGAAAUAAAAGUUAUUGAAAAAUUACUGAAUGUAUCUGAAAAUAAAUCGUGAGUUUCCUUCUGAAA